AUGAGCAGGUCGCGGACGCCGGAGACUGGUUUCGGCGACGGGCUGACGGGUUUCGGCGGUGGAGGACCCGGAGGCACGCCCACGCAAGACCCGGGGCACCCCAACACCACGCCAUUCUCGUCAAGGCGCCGCUCAGCACGGAGAUCGCAUGGACCCCAAGGCGGCCGGCGCAAGGGCACGGCCUGCGUCCGGUGCAGGAUCCAGAAGAUCCGUUGUGAUGACGAAGAGCCGGCGUGCACCAACUGUGUCAAAGCCGGCCACGCCUGUCUGCGGGCCCGCGGCAAUCCCGAGCUGGACAGCUAUGUCCAGGAGCUUGAGGGCAAGGUUCGGCGCCUGGAACGGCAGCUUGAAGAUGCCCAGCUAGGGCAGCAGAACAGACAGGCGACCGCUUUCGAGGACGGCGCCCACGGGCGCGGUCAUGCGACAAGCCCGGGGUUGCUUCGUGCUGCUCAUCCCCAGGAAGGCAGUACAGAUCUCUCAUCUCCUGCAUCGACGCAGAUCAAUCCGAGCGAACCCCUGGCUCACAAUGUCGGGCUUUUAUCUCUGGCAAACUCGAGGGAGCCCAAGUAUCUUGGGCCCUCCUCUGGCGUUGUCUUUGGGCGGCUGGUGUUUGCUGCUGCUCCAGCAACUCAGGGCUUAUCCACGUCUCUGACUGAGCACAGUCGAAAACAGCGUGGCAAGACAAAGAAGCAAGCUUCUCAGGACAGCUCUGAGCCACCCAGUACGGCCGACCUGUUUUACUUUGCUGAAACGUAUUUCGAAGUAUACCAGCCUCUCUACCCCUUCCUUGACCAGUCCGCCGUCUUCGAUACGCUGGAACACAUCCCCGCCACCUCUCAGUUCAUGACAGACACUAUUAGUUUGCCGAACAAUUCUGUAGCCGCCAUCGACCAUGUCCACGCUUUGCUUGUUUCCGCGCUUGGAGCUAGGGUUCUGGAGUCUCGCCUUCGCACCGGAUUUGGUGCCGAAGCCUUGUACUCGCACGCAGUGAAGCAGCUCGAAGGUGUACCGAUCUUUGAGACGAUACGAGGCGUGCAAGUCUUGCUGCUUCUCGCGCUUGCGAGUUUCUCCUUCGAGAAUGGUUACAACGCUUGGUUCCUGGCCUCGACUAUCAUCGCAAGCUGCCUGGAUCUGGGUCUGCAGCGCCGCUCGCCAGGUAUCAACAGUAGCAGGCAGCAGCAAGGUACUGCUAGCUCCACGACCUUGGACGACACCGCAAGGGCUGCCAGAAUCAGCGACACAACGCUCAAGAGUGGUAUUUUCUGGUCAGCAUAUUCGCUAGACCGCACACUGUGUGUGGUUCUCGGUCGCCCUUUGACAUUGCGCGACGAGGCUCUCGACGCGGACUUUCCAGACGGAAGACGGUCACACAGCGAUGAUAGCGAUACGACUACAGCUGCCCCAGGCAACAGCAUCAGCAGUAUCACUCCGCAGAUCGCCAACGAUAGAACUGGGGCCGAGACGACUGAUGGCAACCAAAGUCCGCAUGGUGACAGACCGGCCAAACGCGUCCUUGUCGAACCUGAACCGUACGGUGCGGCCUGCUUCUCCUUCCGUUAUGACCAGAUUACUUCAGAGAUCAAGCUCAUGCUUCAUCGGGUUUCGCAGUCCCCUCGCCGGUUUCCCUGGCCGACAGACUUUCCCCGCUGGCAGACAGAAGUACAGCAAUCCUGCGACAUUCUACUGGACAAGGUCCAAGCCACGUUCCGCGGCAAGACCGCGCAUGGCCACUACCGUCAUCGCAAAGCACUGCUGCACGAACGCACGACACAAGAACUCGAGCUCAAACACCAUGCGUGCAUCAUGCUUCUCCACCGCCCGUCUCCAGCCAUCUCACAACCCAGCAAGGCCAGUAUGGCCCACUGCUAUGCGUCUGCGCGCGCUACAAUCGGGAUCUAUUCUGCGAUGCACCGCUUCGCAAACCUGCCGAACACGUGGCUUGUAGCGCAUGCCGUCUUCGUAAGCGGCAUCACGAUGCUGUAUUGCCUGUGGACAGACCGGACGCUCAAUAUGAGCACAGAGAAGGAGUCAGUACGAAGAGACUGUGAGUCGUGCACCAAGCUAUUAAAAGCUUUGGGGGAAACAUGGAGUGUUGCCGAGGACGCCAUGGUUAAAUUCGAAAGGCUUGCAAGUUUGACAGAGAGUAACUGGGAUAGUGUCAACCGGAACAGAAGUACCGGUGCUAUCCCGCGAAUCGGGGGCGUGCAGCAGGCCCAGUACUCUGGCAUGGCAGCGGGAGCCGGCGAUGCCAUUCCCAGUGAAAUCGAAAAUUUCACGGCCUUCGACCAGCGUACAGCGGGCAUGGGAAUGUCAAGCUCGCAGGAUUCUACUCUCAAUGAGCCUGGCAUGGACUUUUCAGACUUGUUUUUGGGCGAGCUGGGCGACAUGAGCACCUGGUUUGACUUGUCUUGGCUCCACGACACAGAGGAUGUUCCAAUAUUCCCAAGCAGUUGAUAGCAGGCAGUGCCCAGUCGGACAUUCAUUCACAGCAUCGUCGGGAAGUUCCCCAUGCCUCUGCUUCAACUUUGGCUAAAAACCGUCUCGAAGCAGAGACCGGCAGUCGGCGCACCAAAACCCGACAGAGACACUGUGGUGGUAGGUCCGGGGCAAAGCCGGCCGGCCGGAGGAGCGAGAUAGCUCCGAGUCUUUCAAGUGGGCCGCCGAUGCGGAGCCGCCACGGGGUACGGUUAGGAACUGAGCAACGUU